AUGCAACCUUUGGAUAUAGUAACAAAUUUACCCCGUGGUUACUUUCUUCUAUCUUCAAACCCUUAUAAUAAGACGAUUUCUUUAUGUAAACUUUCACAUCAAGAAAGUGAUAAUCAGGUGAUAAUUAAUUGGACUACAUUGGGUAAAACAUUCUGUCAAGAUAUUCCCAAACAAUUACAAUCUGAAAAUCCCAAAACUCUUGAGGAAGUAGCAAAGGUUAUCUUAAGUAAUCCAUCUGUGCUCCUUAAUGAUCUAGCAAAAUCUCCAUUAUAUCCUAUCGUCGAAUCAAUUUAUCAAAAAUAUAAAAGAAAUCAACCAGAAUCUAAUGAACAAAUAGAUAGUAAAGUAGCUUUUGCCACAUUAUUUUUACUUUCUUCACCAUCAAUGAUGUUUUCAAGGUUAGAACUUGAAUUAGUCAAACAAAUAGAACGUUUUCAAGAUCAAUCCAAUAUGUCAACGAUGUUAAAACGUGAGGUAAAAAAAUUGAAUGAAGAAAUUAAAGAUUUAGUUUUGAAUUUUUGUAAUUGUGAGACAUCUCCUGGUUCAUGUAAUUCCUGUUCUUAA